AUGGGGCGAAAUGUGCAGCAGACUGGCCUUCACCUGUGCAUUAUUGCUGUGCUGCUUCUUGGUGAAGGACAAGGGAGAGAUUUCCCUGGCAGCCUGAGCUGCCUGAAUAACUACGUGACUACUGUGAGCUGUACGUGGGCACCUGAGGAGCCCGUGGGUGAUGGACCUUUCCACCUGCAUUUCACAAACCUCUGGUCAAAGGGCCAAAAUGCCAGCUGCCAGCUGACUGCCAGAGACAGCAUGCAGGAUCAGUACCACUGCACGAUGCGCUUAGCAAGACAGAUCUUGGAAACAGAUGGUUACAGAGUCUCUCUCCAAGGCAACUUCUAUGGAAGCAAUCACACAUAUGUUACCUUCCAGGAGUACAGUCCCCGCCAGCACAUAAAACUUGAUCCACCUUUGAACAUCCAGAGCAAUGUUACUGCCAGCAAGUGUCAGAUAUGGUGGACUGUGCCUUCCUACCUUGAUGAAAUUCUCCAGUACCAGUUGCAGUACAAGGAGUACAGCUCGUCAUGGGAGACUGCACAGAACAAGACACCACCCAGUUCACUACCACAGAUAGAAAUUGAAGGCACAGAAUUUCACAGUGGCAUCUCUUAUGUUGCAAGAGUUCGCUGCAAAGUUUCUGAAAUUGAGGAUUCAUACCACAGUCAGUGGAGCGACUGGAGCCAGACAACAGUAUUUCAAAGAGAAGAUGCAUCCAAACUGUCUGAAAACCUCUUUGAUACCAGAACAUUCGAGUUCUUGAUCAUUCCUCUGAGUUUUGGCACCCUACUGUAUUUAUUUUGGAACUGCAAGCUUUCUUCAAGGCCAAAAGUCCUCUCCUGCCUUAAUAUUCCCACACCAGCUGCUUUCUUUCAGCCACUCUAUAAUUUGCACAAUGGGAAUUUUAAGGACUGGGUCGGACCCAAUGAGGCUUGUAGCCAACUCAAAAGAGAAGAGGCAAGCAACUCAAACAAAGUGACUGCAGAUGAAGUUUCUGAGCUAAGCAUCCAAGAACUGAUUUCCCAGAUUUCCUUGAGACCUAUGGAAAGCACAAAUUUGGCUGCUGAAGAAGAGAUGAUUGCCUUUGCCUCUGGUCCAAGCCAGCAGCAUGUCCCCAGCAGAUGUGUAAGAGGAGAAGAGAUAGAAGUCAGGCCAGCAAUGCUGGUAACCCAAAACCAGGCUAAUGAUACAACUGACCUGAAAAUCUCUGAAAAAAUUAAAGCCAACCUUGAGAGCUCUAGUGUGGGAAGGAGUUAUCCCUCCCACUUACAGCCUGGAAAGAGUGACUGUAUUAUGCUUCAGGAAUCUUUGGAGGUGGCAAGUGUGUCAUUCAGCAGUAGCGACUACUGCACCUUGUGUGAUAGUGAUACCACUGAAGGUUUGAUUCCUGCUGAACUAUUGAAGCUCUCUGAUGGAAAUGGCCUGGCCAAAUGUGAGAAUGAUCAGAAUGACCUUCCCUGA